AUGGUGACUGCAGGCAGUGUGGAGGACGGCUAUGCUGGAGGCGGGGUCCUGGGGCGCAGGCCGCUGCGUCUCCAUGGUAACCGCCGCCGCCGCCGCGGAACUCGAGCUGAGGCGGUUUGCCCGCAGCCGGAGGGGACUCCUCAACAAACCGGCGGCGAGAAACUCCUACCGCUCAACGCGAAGUCAAAAUUCGAACAUUUCACCUCGACCUCUCUCACGCGAGUGAUAAUAAAUCACCUUGUUCAUUCGUCGUUCACCGCGAAGGGGAGUGAGGUUGGUCUCCGCCAUCGGCCGUUUACCGAUUGGUAUAUUCGGUUGUCUAGGCGACUGGAUCCCUUCACUAAUUGGUCUAUAAAGCUGUCCGUCAAGGUCGGUACCGCCCUCACGCACGCUUGGAUUGGCUUUGACGGGAGGGAAGCACACUGCGAGAUGUCAACAUCAGAAUUCCCAGAUUCCUCAAGAGAAUUGGCCACUGAGGCAUUAUCCUCAGGAAUAUCACCAUCCUCGGGACAGCUCGGAAACUCAGAGCUGAAUAUCUCCCCGAAUGAGCUGAAUCAUAUUGAAUCUCUGGGUACGCCUGGAGCGUUGACAUCUCCAGCUCAGACCGUGUCGGAGACCCUCUCACAACCUUCAGGACUACGAGAGCCUUUGCCAACAGCCAAUCAAGAAGCUAUUCAUUUCCUGGCUUCACUCGACUCCCUGAUGACGGUUUCUGAUACAGGGAAAGAGAUUGGUGAAUUUACUGUCACCAUACAACCUAUCCUGUAUCAUAGUUUCCCAUGUCUUAAUAUUCAUGCCAACAGCCAUGGAACCAUUGACUCUAUCCCAUGUGGAACAUCCAUCUCAGCUUACGUCUCUCUUGAGCUUGAAACAUUCGAACAAUAUCACCAGGAGUAUAUCAAGUUGAAGGAUCAACCACUGUCGAAGAAGACGGAUAUAAAAAGAGGACCACAUGGUUAUGUUGUGACGAGGGAAGUCACAUCCAAACAGAUUGUGACAACCGAGACCUUGACCUUCAAACCGGAAGAAAUGCAUGGAUUUGUGUCAGAGGCCAGUAAUCUGGCUCUUUUACGGAUUCUGGCCCAAAGAAGCAAAUUCUCCGACAACAUGGUCUUCCUCUCUUUUGACAGUGACAUGAAGCUUUCUACUUCUACUUAUAUGAAUCUCGGACAUAGAACAAUGAAGAUCGGGAAAGAGGAAAGGCAAGUUCUUGGCAUCCAAAGGACAAUUCACUCAGAGACAAGCGGCCCCAUGAACUGGCAGUCCAACUUUCUGUCAUCUGGGCAUUUAACAAGCAGAGUGCAAGUGGGCUCCCCAGCUACAAUGGUGCUGACCCAGUUACCUCACCUGAGAGAAGCAGAUGAAGAGGAACCUAAACCAGUCUUUGAGAAGAAGCCCUUAAUUUGGGAAGAAGACCUGCAGCUGUAUUCUAAAUUUAUUGACAGAACGGAGGCACUCAAGGCUGACUACAACAGCUACCUAAGGCACCACCCAGAGUUGAGAUCCUUGAUGGCUGACUUCCUAGAGUUUCUCCUCCUCCGGAAACCAGAAGACGUCGUUACCUUUGCUGCAGAAUAUUUUGCCCCUUUCUCCACCUCACACGCAGAACAAAACACCUUCCUGACCUCAAACAAGUCAAGCCCCUUCAAAGAACAGGAAGAUUCAAAAUGA